AUGCCUCCUCCUCAGCAUAAGUGGACGCAAUUCGAGCUCCACACCAUGCUCUGCCUCAUAGCCAAAGGUGUCCAUCUCGAGCAACGCCCAGACAAGCGCACCGAAGCACCCACCGUCACUCGUGCCAAUGCCUACGAGAACUUCUACUCGGCCCUUAAUGAUGCUGUCCACCGUAAGAACUACACCAGCGAUAUACCCAAGAAGGAGGUCACCCGUAUGCUCGAUCAGAUGUUGGCUGAGCGCAAGCAUGUUGCCGGCAAAGGUGGUUUGGUCGAGAGACAGCGUAAUGGUCGGGUUACGAGAGCGUUGAGAAUGGCUUGGAAUAGAGAGCCAGCUAUUGAUUUCGAUGGUACGCAGAGUGAGUGGAAGCAGGGUAGGAAGGAGAAGGUUAUGACGCAGUACAAGAUUGAGCGAGGUCUUAUGGCGCCUCUGGUUGAGGGUGCUAUGGAGGGUACUGCAGAAGAUGGAGAUGCUGCAAUGACAAGUGUGGCUACUAUCACCCAAGACAACUUUUGGAAGGGAUCAGAACCUGCAACACUCUCCACCUCUGACAGAAGCAGAUGGCGCAGCGAGACAGACCGAGGUUUCGAUAGCCGAAAUCCAGACAUGGUUCCAGUCAAACAGCCUUCCCUCACCAAGACCAACCUCGACUCCUUCCGCGUCCUUCCUGAGAACUUGAGAUCUUCAAGCAAGUUUGACUGGACUACUGAUCGAGCAGCUAACAGAGACAACUAUACUCGGUCUGACCAGUCAACUACCGAUCGUCCUCUCAAGAGAGCUGGCAUUCGUACUCGAGACCUCUCCCGUACCCGUGGAUCCGAGACUUCUGAUUACCAUGACAAGCCAGAGCGUAUGCGUCUUCCCUACGAGUCUUACCGUAGUUCACGAGAUGACCCCGUCACUCCAGAUAACCUCAACAAGUAUGCUCGCCGCUCUGACAAUUACACCGCCAUCAGCCGUUACUCCAGCACCCCAGGAUUCAUCGACGAUGCUUCUUCCACCAUGGGGCUGUCUCCUGAGGUCGAAACCCCUGUGUUCCGUGGCUCCAACAAUUAUCGUGUCCAAUCUCAUGGAGACAACUCUCCUCUUCGAGCCUUCAAUGAGUCGUUCGAGAAGGAGAUGCAGGGCGGUAUUCCGAAAGACUUCGGCAGAUCCCUUGAGCAGGAUUUGGCGAAUGAGUUGAGUAAGGAUAUCAGCAUGGGUCACCUUGAAGCUGACCUUGCUGCUGCCCUGGAGUCCCACUAGACUCCAUAUUUGGUUCUGGUGGGAGUCUUGCGCUUACACCUGGAAUGGCUUCUUUUCACAUGGUGGUUUAUCUUCACCUCACUGAACUCAAAACCAUUUACUAUGUUUAAUGAAGUUGGGAAGGGGAAAGUCAGCUUUCAAUUGUCACUGUGGACGUUUGAUAGCUCCUUUCUUUCAAUUUUGUGCUGGCAAUGCCUUUCUAUUUGCCAGAGGUUCUGGGUUUCCCACCUUGCUUUCGAGAAUGAAUCGCUUGGGGAGGGUAAUAAUGAAGCAAUGAUUUAUGAGCGUUUGAGCUACGACUUGCAGUUCUACAUGGUGGCUAGUUAAUGACAUCUAUCUUCUCGCUGGAUCAUCUGACGAUUUGGGCUUCUGGUCUGGCUGUCUGUUCGGUGGUUCUAGCCAGGCUGUUGAAUCUCUCAUUAUCAGUGGGAUUACCUUUAAAUAGCUAAGCUAGAGAAUCAAUAAAAGCG